AUGAUGUCGUUAGACCCAACUUUUCCUAAUCGCCGCGACUCGAAAUGCGCGACCCGCGGCCGCGUCACGCGCUCCACCGGACUUAUGCUAAUGGCCGCCGCGCCGCGUAAAUUGGGCCUCGCUGCAGAACCAAACGCGUCCUCUUUAUCUUAUUGCUCGCUGGACGCCUGUGCUAUGCGCCUUAGGGUCAGCGCAAUCGAAAACGGCCCGUACUCCGCACGUAUAGAGCGCGUUUUCAAUCGCCCCGAGCGCGCCGCCCGAUCGUCGGCAACCGAAAGAUCGGAGGACCGAGCGAAAUCCGAAUACAAAAACCGGCGCGGGAACGAACGUGAAACCGAU